GUCGUCCGUCCUCCAGAGUCCACCCGUUGCCCACACAGCUCUCCAUCUGCUCGACAGCGAUUCGCCCGUCAUGUCCAACGAACUCGCCCUGCUCGAGACAGUCGAGCUCCGUCUCGCCCUUGCCGAUACGGACGAAAAAUUCGAAAAGAAUGUGGCGACCUUCCUGGCCCCCGUCAUCCUCAAGCUCGACAGUCCCAACGAAGCUGUCAGAAACAAAGUCAUGUCCAUCUGCGUCCACAUCAACAAGCGCCUCAAGUCCUCCAGCGGCAUCAAGGUGCCCAUCGAAGCCGUCCUGAAGCUCUUCACCGAUCCUGCCACCUCGGCGCUCGUCAAGAACUUUUGCCUUGUCUACUUGGAGAUGGGCAUGCAGCGCUGCAAGAUCGAGGACCUGCAAAGUUACGUCCCCCAGCUGCUCGCCAGGAUCGCGGAGAGACCCCUCAAUCAGCAAACGACCUUGUUCCAGAUAACGUUGCCGAUCCUUGCAAAGUACACGAUUCCGACCAACGUGAGCGCCAGCGGCAAGAUUCUUGAGCCCACGCAGGAUCCCCUUGGCUUUCUCCAGAGCCCCAAGGACGCCAAAUUCCUCCUCGAUAAGAUCCUGCAUGUGGUGCUGUACACCGUUCAGCCGAGCACGCCAGCGCCAGGCACUGGAGGUGCCUCCUCCGACGCGCAGGCCAGGGCGCUGCCUGCAGGCUUGUCUCAAAGCGAUGUGCAGUUCGUCACAUCUGGAGGCAAGGCAGCCUUUACGAGCGCCCCUACAGAGCUCAAGGUCCUCAAAGUCUCCUUGGUCAAGCUUGUAGCAAACAGCGCUGUGUUUCCCGAGUCCCUGGCCCUCGAGACUGAAAAGUAUCUGAUUUAUCUUUUGGCCCAAGCGGAUGCCAACCACGAGGUCAUCUCGGCCGGCGAGGACGCCAUGAAGCGCCAAAGCAAGCCCGACUUUGAAAGCGACCAUUUUGUUGCACGUCUCUACGAGCUCUAUCUUGGCACACAACAGGCCACAAAAGGCCAGGAGGCAAACGUGCGUGCGGGUGCGACCGUCCAGGCCAAGCACAAGAUUUUGGGCUGCCUGACCAAGUCUGCCAAGGCGACCAACAAGUUUCCCGCCGUCAUUCAGGUCAUCUUUGACAGUCUCUACCACGAAAAGACCACCGCGAGACUCCGCAAUGCCGGCAUGUCCUUUGUCCAGUGGGUUGCCAGAAUGGCCACUGACGAGGUGAUCAAGCCCGUCGCUCCAAUUGUACUGUCUGGCCUCCUCAAGUUUAUUGCUGACCCCGACGAGGGCACCAUCGCUGCGAACGAAAACGAGAACCUGCGUGGAUUUGCUUAUGAGGCAAUCGGACUCAUCUCCAAACGAGCUCCCGAGCUGUUCAUGGCCGACGCCACGAUUCUGUUCAAUCUCUUCAAGGCCGUCUCGACCGAGCAGCGCAACGUCCGUGUGUCGGUGCAGGAAGCACUUGCGAGCAUGAUCCCGGCGUAUCAGAAUGUCGUAUCGGACACUGAGAAGAAGCUCGUGCUCGAAGCACUCUUGCUUGAAAACAUGGAUAAGCCCGAACACCAGGCGCGAUACGUUGCGGCAAAGUACACGAAUGCCCUGUUCCCGUUCUCCUAUCCGCUGGCUCGCUACAUCUGUCUCCAGCUCUCGAGUGACCCCAAGCUUGAGGUCCGAGAGGAAGCGCGCAAGGGCUUGCGGUUCCCGGAGCCCCCUGCUGUUGCUGCUGAAUCCGAUUCCGAGUCAUCGACCGCAGCCGAGGUCGUGCGCGAGUACCGCGCAAAGUUGGUCGAUUUUGAGAGCAUGUGCAAGCUGCUUCUCGAAAAGUCUCGUAAGAACGCAUCCACGGCGUCCAGCGGGAUCGGCGGUGGAUCAUCGGCCGCCAUCAAAUAUGUGGGCAGUCUCAGCUCCGAGACCUACUCCAACGCGCUGGGGUUCUUGAGAAACAUGCUGAUUCUCAGCGCGGAUCCGAGAGCCACGCUUCAGGAGUUCACUUCGUCCAGCACCAACAGCUCGAUUGUUGUCGAGCGAAUCGCAGACUAUCGCACCAGACAGCUCUAUCGCAGCUUUACGAACGACGCUUGGCGCGGUGAGAAAGCCGGGGGUCUGGAAGCGUACCUGGAGCUAAUUGAACUGGCGCUCAAGUCCGAGGCCGCAGAUUCUGCUUUGAAGGCCGUCGCGGCGUUUUGUCUGCAGGAGCUGGUCUCGAUGUGUUCGACGUCCCUUACGAAGACACUGGUCCUGAGCACCGAGUGGCUUGUUGGCUAUCUUUCGGCUCUGAAGGUCGAGACCAGGACUUCCAUGGCGCAUGUGCUUGGACUGGUUGCCACGGCUGAUCUGGGCAACGCAGAUGCCGAGUCGGAGCGGCGCCGGACCGAGCUCAAGACCUUGAUUGAGAGUCUGUGCGAUACCAUCAAAGAUACAUCCAAGCAGGUUACGCUUGAGUCGCGCAGUGGGAGCGUCCUUGCUCUGGGGUACAUCAUUGGGCGGCUGCACUAUCGCUACCGGGAAGAAACGGCCUCCAUAUUGCCCGCUGAGCUCUAUCAACGUUCAGUGGAGACGAUCGCCGAUGAGCUCGAGUACGCGUCGACAUCAGCCAACAUCCGGAUCACCGGGGCUGCCGUGGCCCUUGGCGAAGCAAGCCGAUACGGCCCGUUGAGGAUUCCUAUGCAGCUUGAGGGCGAGGGCUCUGAUGCCAGGGCUGCCAUUGCGGCUGGCUCUCCGGCGGUCCAGUCGCCUCUGGUGGCGACCAGUCGCAAGUGGUCGCAGCAAAGCAUUCGAACAAAGUUGAUGAAUCUGGUCAAGGGAAGCAACGACGCCAAGAUCCAGGAGCAAUGUGUCGCAACCCUCGGACACCUGGUUGCCGGCAACCGCGAACACAGCGACGCCGUUCUGUCUUUCUUUUACACGCUGGCCUCGAGCCUGUCCAAGCAAAUCGAAAUCCACUUCAACAUUGGCGAGGCCAUCUGCGCGAUAACCUGCGGCUGGGCAUCGACCGCGAUGAGCGAGUAUCUCGAUGUUCCGGGAGCCACGCCGAUCCAGUCGAGCGACGAGCAAAAUGCCGAGACAUUGCAGGCUGUCUUAAAGCAUUGCUUCAAGGAGGUCCAGCCCUCUGCGAGCCAGGCAUCCAAGAAAACCGUGUGCGUGUGGCUCCUGUGCCUGGUCAAGUUCUGCGGCAAAUACCCUCUGGUUAAGGAAAAGCUCAUGCAAAUCCAUGGCGCAUUUUCAUCGCUCCUGGGUGACAGAGAUGAUUUUGUCCAGGAAGUGGCCUCCAAGGGCAUCGGCCUUGUGUAUGAGCUCGGUGACAGCAGCAUCAAGAAGGAGCUUGUCUCGACCCUCGUGUCGACUUUCAGCGAGGGCCGCCGGAUCGCACCUGAAAGUGUGACGGCCGACACCCAGCUGUUUGACGAUAACACCUUGGGCACGACCCCGGUCGGUGGAUCGCUCACAACCUACCAGUCCAUCCUGUCGCUGGCUUCGGACAUGAAUCAACCCGAUUUGGUCUACAAGUUCAUGUCCCUUGCGUCCCACAACGCCAUCUGGAACUCCCGUCGUGGCGCCUCGAUGGGCUUUGGCAUGAUCAUCUCGUCUGCAGAGGCAGAGCUCAAGCCCUAUCUGCCUCAGUUCCUUCCCAAGCUGUAUCGCUUCCAGUAUGAUCCCAACGUCAAGGUCGCCGAGAGUAUGAAGUCGAUCUGGAGCAGCCUCGUCAAGAAUCCCAAGAAGGAGAUUGAUGAAUACUUUGACGUGAUCGUUAAGGAUCUGAUUCAAGGACUCGGCGAUCGGAUGUGGCGAACACGCGAAGCCAGCUGCCGUGCCCUCGCCGAUGUGCUGGUCGGACGAGAGCUCCACCAGCUGGAGCCUUAUCUCCAGGAACUUUGGAUCAUGUGCUUUCGAGCUCUUGACGAUAUCAAGGAAAGUGUCCGAACGGCCGCGUUCGCAACCUGCAAGGCUUUGACAAACAUAACCCUCAAGUACUGCGACCCCGAGCAUGUGUCCCUCAAAGCUGGGGCCAAGAUCAUGGACACUGUGAUUCCGUUCUUCCUGACCAAAGGCCUUGGAUCGAUGGCCGAGGAUGUGCAAAAGUACUCCCUCAGCACAGUGCUCAAGAUCUGCAAGCGAGGCGGGGUGCUACUCAAACCCCACAUUUCUGAGAUUGUUGGCGUUCUGCUUGAGAGUCUCAGCACCCUUGAGCCACAGGCCAUGAACUAUCUCUCCUUUCACACAGACAAGUACAACAUCAGCCAAGAGCAGCUGGAUACCACCCGACUGAAUGCCGCAAAGAUGUCUCCGAUGAUGGAUGCCAUCGAGGUUUGUCUGGAGCAGAUGGAUCAGGCAACGAUCGAUGGGUUUGCCCCCAAGCUCGUUCAGAUCGUCCGCAGAGGAGUCGGGCUUCCCACGAAGGCAGGCAGUGCGCGCAUCAUCGUCUCGCUCACGAUGAAGCAUUCGCGCGAGCUCCAGCCCCACGCCGAUGCACUGCUCAAGGCACUCAGUGGCGCCAUCCUCGAUCGCAGCGCGGCCCUGCGCAAGGCUUAUGCUGUGGCAUUGGGAUACACUUGCCGCAUCUGCACGCAGCCCGCGCUGAGCCGGCUGUUGGACCACCUCCGCAAAAUCUACCUGGAGGACGACGACGAGGAGAAGCGAUCGGUGGCAGGCAUAGCGAUUCUCGAAGUCUCGCGCACCGCAUCUGACGCACUCGCUCCCCUGCGCGGCGAGGUUCUACCGCUGUCGUACUUUGGCUCGCACGAUGCCAGCCCGGCCCUCAAGGACAUCUGGAAGGACAUUUGGGCAGAAAACACCGCGGGCACGACCGGGGCGGUCAAACUGUACCAGAAGGAAAUGAUGGAGCUCUGUGUCGGGCUGCUGCGCGAGAGCCCAAGCUGGCCCAUCAAGAAGCAAGUGGGACUGAUGAUCUCGUCGAUGGUGCGCCAGAUCGAUGCUGGGUUCUCGUACCAGAUGGACGUUGCUGUUCCACUGCUGAUUGAGGCUCUGUCCGGUCGGACCUGGGAUGGCAAGGAAGCCGUUUUGGAGGCGCUGAUGGUCGCCAGCACCACAUGCAAGGAAUGGCUCAACGCCGAAGGCAAGGCCAGGCUGAGCGAAGUGACCAAGGUGAUGAUCCGCGAGGCCAAGAAGAACAACAAGAGCUAUCGCCGACUCAGUGUCGAGUACCUCGGCAAGUUUGUGGCGGGCCUCGAGCUCAAUGUGCUGGAUGAUGUAUACGACCACCUGGUUGGGGUUGCAGCCAUGACCGACGCCGACGAAGACAUGGAUGGCGAGGAACCUCGCGAACGUGCCUUGAUUCUGCAAACCCGGGCAAAUGCAUUCAAGGCUCUGGGCCAGUGUUGGCCCAAGGACGCGCAAACGCAAGCCAAGUAUUCCAAGGAGCUCGCCCGGCUGCUGAGCAAGCACGUUGAUCAAAACGUGUGGACCGUGCGCCUUGGUGCGCUGGAGGCCCUGCACGACUACCUUGAAGCGGUGUAUAUCCACAACCCGCUGAUCUUUGACGGCACUGUCGUCGAUGCCAUUGCCGAUGCCCUGGUCGCGUCGUUCCAAGAUAGCAAGUACACUGCCGUACGCGAAAGUACCGUUGCCGACCUGAAGCUGCUGGUCGAGCGCAUCGAGGGAACGGAUCUGCUCAAGGAGCCGGCGCGAGAGAAGAUUCUGUCUGGGAUUGCCCAGGUCCUGCAGAGCGAGCCCACAGGCGCAGCUGCCGAGACGCUCAAGGAAGUGCGGUCGACUCUGUCCAAGAUGCAGGAAUAGGAAUAUGGGUCCACGCACAACACGGAUCGAGGGGGAACGGGAUGGCGGCCGGCUGGUUGAGGAGUAAUACUGGCCACAGCCCGAGAAGCCACCGCGAACAUACAGACUCAAUACACGCCCAUCAUGGUUUCGCACAACCUCGGACGGGGGAGGGACGCAGUG